GCAGCAGGCAGGUUGGGCCGGCUCCAACCGUGCGCUCCUCGAUCUGAUCUCCGCUUUACGGUUAAGGAAAAGCGAGAAAAACGAGUUCCGGAUGAAUCCGUUUUAAUGUUUUUUUUAUUUUUUUUUUAUCUGAAGACAUGUAACCCUAACGACGUGAAGCUUGAUGAACGGAUAACGUCACUCCGUCACAGAGCGGCAGGGUUUCGGUCCUCCUCCCAGGUCAAUAAUCCACCUGUUGCACCACCUGGAGCGGAGCAGCGCAGAGGAGCGCAACCAUGGGAGGCGUCUAUUCCAGUGAAAAGAUGGCCAACGUUUUUGCCUAUGAGAGCUCAGAACUUGACUGGUGUGAAGACAAUUACAGAUACUCUGAACAUGUCGUGGAGUAUUUCAACACAGUCAGCAGCUUUUUCUUCUUCAUUGUUGCUCCUAUAAUGCUCUAUCUGCUGCAUCCCUAUGCGAAGCAGAGGAGCCUGGCAAUCCACAUGGUCUGGAUCAUGAUGAUUUUUGUAGGACUUUUCUCUGCAUACUUCCACAUGACUCUUAGCUUCGUUGGCCAGAUGCUGGAUGAGCUCUCCAUCUUGUGGGUGUUAGCUGUGGGAUAUGCCACUUGGUUCCCUCGUAAACUGUUUCCCUCUUUUAUCAAAGACAGGUCUACAUUUUCGCGGCUCGUCCUGUUGAUCACUGUCAUUACUACUGUGUCAUCGUUUGUCAAACCCACGGCCAACGCCUACGCCUUAAACUGUUUUGGCCUCCACCUUCUGUACACCUUGGCUGUGGAGAUGAGAUGCUGCACUGACCAGAAGGCUCUACGUCUGGCCAAGCUGUCAGUGGCUCUGUGGGUCCUUGCCAUCUCCUGCUGGAUUAGCGACCGUUUGUGCUGCAGUUUCUGGCAGUGGUUAAACUUCUGCUACCUUCACGGGAUCUGGCACAUUCUCAUUGUGAUGGCUGUAGCCUAUGGCAGCACGCUGGUAGCUUAUCUGGAUGCCAGCAAUGAAAUACCUUAUUCGCUGCCUGGACUGGAGUACUGGCCCUGUGAUAAAUGGGCCGUUGGAUUCCCCCACAUUGUUCUCUCCAGCUCUCCAAAGACCCAAAAACGGUGCUGACGAAUCAUUACCCCUGGCAUUUCUUUUGUUGUCAAAUGUUUGCUUAACAACUGAAUUGCCUUGCAUCUGAAUCCUACUGAUAAAUGUCACUGCUUAGACUGAAGUUAGCAUUUAAAUGUAUAUCUGUAGCCACCAAAACAAUAUAAUCAUAAAGGAUAAUGAGUUUAGUUGUUGACAAAACAUUCAUCUCAGCAUUUCCUCAAAAGAGGUUUUUGUUUAAGCAGCAAAAAGAGAAUUUGAAGCACUUUACAGUAUAAAAAAAUUUGUACCUAAGUGCUGCAUAGCGAAAACUUAUCUAAGCUAGUAGAUAAGUUUUCUACUAGCUUAGUAGUAAUUAAAUAUUGCAACAUCAUUGCAAUUUAACAUUGCGAUGUUUAAUUACAUGUAAAGAACAGUACAGCAGAAACUUAUGCUAAUUUUUUGCUUUGUAAACAUGUAUAAAAUGGUACUAAAGUGAAUUAAUAUAAAACAUUUUAACAUUUGAAGAUGCUUGAAUGUGACCAAAAUCUUUAAAAUUAGAGUUAGCCUAGCUAAUUGCUAGCAUAACUUCCUGGUGAGUUAUUCUCCCAAAACGCUGUUCAAGAACGCUAUUCAUUGCAGAUAAAAGAUAAAAAUAAUGACUGCUAAUGUCUUUAAAUUAUUCCUUUAAUAACAUUAAAAGCAGCAAGAAAAAAGUCUGAAAGCUGCCCUGAAGCAGACAAAGAGGCUAGCGAAGCAUAGCCAACACUGCUGCUAUGUUUACAUUUCCUUAUUCUCAGGGGAAAAUUUGCUCCAGCUUUUUGUACCAGCUUGUGAUGGUGAAGAAGUGAUUAAUUUUCUUUUAUUUCAGUUCGUCCAGUUCUCCUUGCAGUAUUUUGUAUCCUUCAGUUCAGAUCAUAGUUUGCAAAGAGGUUACAAAAAAUCAGUAGGAUCCACUUGCAAAGAGGGAUAAAUAUAGAAAACAAGCCCCUAGCUCAAUAUGCUGCAAAGGUAGUCAGUUAUUGGCAAAAAAUAAAAAAUAAAAAUAAAAAAUCCAACCAAAGUGUCCUUUAAAAAAAAAUGUUAUCUGAAAAUGGGAGUAAUCAUUGUAACAUUUUAUUUAGCGUUUCAGUUUUUUAAAUGUGAACCGGCACACACCAACUGUCACUUGUACACUGAAAUGAUGUUUUAUAUUUUAACUUCAGGUAUUAAAUUCUAGUUUACUUUAAUAAUUGAUCAUAUUUUUUAUGUAUUUUUUUAGUAAGUUUAGUAGUUUUUCAAAAGAUGUCCAGAACUUGAUUCUUCCGAAUGCAUAUAAAGAGUUUUAAUAUUACUGAUGCUUGAGCAAAUUUCCCAGUCUGGUUGUGACCCAUCUUGCUAGAAUAAUUUUAUUUAUUUUUUGGGAGGUUUUAGGGCAUUCCAUUGCAAAAAUUGGAUUUUAUUUUCAUUUAUCACUUCUUAAUUUUGUGUGAGAUAUUUGUCUUCAACUGUAAUACUGCCAUUGCCAUUCUUUACCAAAUUACCAAAUUAUUUACAAUUACCAUCUUUGCCAUUAUUUAUUAUUUCUGAUUUACAU